AUGAUAACUAUUGUUGAAGACAGCGAAAUAUCAAAAGAUGCUGUUAUAAAGCUGUUUAAAAAGCUGAGAGCUUUAAUAAGUGAACAUGAGAUUGAAAAUUAUUUUACUGAUAAUCAGCUUGGAAUAGAAGAUGAAGAUGGGCAAGAUCAUCCAACUGUAGAACUUGAUGAAACUCAUAUUAUGACUAUGGAUCAUAAUCCCAAAUGGCUAUUCGGAAUUUUUGACAGAGGAACAGAAGACUAUAGAUUUACUAUGUAG